AUGCACAUCUCACGAUUCACACGAAUUAUCAACACAUCUCUGAGACAACCGCAUCUGGUCCGGAGCUUUGCAAUACAACAUCGCGCACGUCGUUUUGUCCCGACUUUCGACCCCUACUCUUACUCGCGAGGACGCUGGCUAGACCGAGACGAACAACGACAGAAGGCCAGAAGACGGGAAUUCAACUUUGACGCUUUGCUGGACGUGGCGGUGAAAUGCAGUGUCGGUGCUCGUCAAGUUGUGGCCUGUGAGAAAAGAGAAGGCGGAUUCAAUCGUGUGUUUGUCAUCGAGUUUGACAAUGGAGCAAAGGUUGUUGCCAAAGUGCCCAUGCAAUACGCUGGUCCAACUGCUUUGACGACAAUGUCGGAAGUGGCGACCUUGAGAUAUGUGAAGGACAAGACAUCUGUGCCUGUCCCUCAGAUCCUCGCAUGGAGCUCGAAAUCUGAAAGCGGAUCCGUGGGCACCGAAUAUAUCAUCAUGGAACACAUGUCUGGCGUCGCUCUGAAAGACAACUGGAGCCAGAUGACCGAGCUACAGCAAAUUCAGGUCAUCGAAUCCAUAGGGAUACUUGUGAAAGAACUUUGCGCUCUCAACUUUACAGCAUAUGGCUCGCUUUACCUCAAUACAGCAGCAGAGAAGCCCUCAGAGGCGCACGCCAUUGAUGAUGAGUAUUGCAUUGGUCCACAUUGUGGUCGACAAUUCUGGGGGUAUAAUGAUGACCUCGCAACUCAAGUCGCGAUCCCUCUGGGGUGUCAAGGUCCAUGGCAAGCCUUGUCUACCUUGUUCGCAGAUCUCACCAGUAUCAGCGAGGUAACUGUCCAGCAGCGUGGAUCUUCUUCUUCUUCUUCUUCUUCCCAAGAAGAAAAAGUGGUUGUGGAAGAUCAUCUGCGGCUUCUGGAGACGAGUAGGAAGAUGUUAGAAGUCGUUGGGAACACUACAACCUUCCAGGAGGAGUUCUGCAGUCCUGCACUGCUACACCCCGACUUAAACGCACGCAACAUCUUCGUCGACCCGGACGAUCCGACCAAGAUUUUGGGUAUCAUUGACUGGCAGUCCGCUGCCAUUGAGCCUGCUUUUGUUCAUGCUGUCGACCCGCCGGAUUUCGCCUCGGAGCCAGUAUUAGACAAGACACUCGACGCCGACGCCCUCGGUGAUGAGUCCUCCCACGAGAUCCAAACCCACGCUCAACGCUGCAAAAAAACUUGGGGCGUCAUGGCUUCUAUUUGUCCCAAAUUGGGCAAAACUUCAACUUUCAACCCUAAUCUCUGCCGCUAUCUUGCCGGCGUGAUUUCAGGAUGUUCUGAUGAUGCGACUGUUCUUCGUUCGUUACUGACCAAUACGAGCCAUGAGUGGAGCGAGCUUGACGUUCCAGAGGACAUACAAUGUCCCUACCAACCCACCCCCUCAGAAACAAAAUCCCUGAAUAUACAACUCGACCACCAAGAAUCCACGCAACGCCUGCGCGCGUAUCUCUCCAGAUUAUUACGCUGUGAAACAGAUGGCUGGAUCGAAGAAGAAAAAUGGAACGAGGAUCUCAUUUCUGUCUAUCGAGAGCAAUAUGCUGGGUUUGUGAGUGCUUGCAUCGCUAGUCGGGAAGGGGACGAAAGUGAAGCAGACGCGCGAAAGAAUGCGGAGAAGUUGUGGCCGUUUGAUUUGAGAUGA